AUGCAAUAUUUGACCAUCCUCAUAUCUGCGCUGUCAGUUGGCGCCAGUGCCACGGUCAUCCCCCCAGCCCGGAGCCAGGCCAUCUUAUCAGCAACGCCUACAUCGUCACCAACAUCUACUUCGCCCACAGCUUACGCCAACCCUUGGCCAACUGGCGACAUUCAUGACCCAAACUCUUACACCAAAUACGCCAAAAUUGAAAAGGAUGCCCGCCCUGGUAUCAUGGAAUGCUAUGCCUCCAUCCAAUUGAACGACACCCAGUGUGAAGAUAGCCGAUCCACUCGAAUCGGCCGAUAUGAUCCUCAGCUAGAGACCUGUGAACCCGACUCACCGAGCUGGACAACUGCGCAAGAAAAGCCCCAGGUCGGCAUGGUGUGCGACAACUAUCAUUUGAGUUAUUACUUCUACCCACACAUUUGGAAUGGAUUAGAAUCUGAAAGCGGUCAACUCGUGUUAACCAAGCAUGGCGAGGAUAUCAACCAGGGCCAGUCUAUGCCUGUUGGUCUUAAGCCUGGCUGCUGGGCUGGGUUCCAGGAUGGUGCUUGGUAUGGAAAUUGUGACGCUGAUUUUGUUGUCGAAGAUUGGACUAUGCAAGAAGUCAAGAAGUGA